CAUCUAGUGGUGAACGUUACUGUUGCUAAGUUGCUGUAAUGAACUGUACUAUAUUUGGAUAGAAAUAGAUACACAUUGUAUUUUUUCGUAAGAUAAAGCGGAAAUACUGAGUCGGCUUUCUUGAUAACUGCAUUUUACAGAAAUAUUCUAUACAAAAUGCAAGAACGUUAUAAAAUGUUGGAGGUUAUGGUAAAUUUCUAGAGCAAACACUGUUCAUACAUACAAAUAAUUACAGAAUUUCUCCGCUAGAGAGGCAACAGACACCUGAAGCAGCAACUAGAAUUGCACUACGCCGUGUUAAUUUUAUAGCUUGUUACUCAUUCAUCUUAUCAUACUAUUCAAACCAUAUAUUUUUAGCAUUCCAAACAAAUGUAAGUAAAGUACUUAUGCCAGUUAAUUUUAUGGUUGCAUGUACAUAAGAAAAUUAAUAAAUGAAUCAUAGGCUCAAUAGGAUGGUUACCAAUAUUUACACUGCAAGACUACCUAGAAUUUAAGCUUUUGCAUAACGUAGUGAGUAAGCUAUAGAAUAGUUCCUCAAGAUAUGUAGGAUUUAGUAACAAGUGUAAAACAGAGGUAGAUGAAACCACAGAAGCUAAGUGAAUAAAUUAAAUAAGAAUAUAUUCAAAAUGUCUGAACCUGGUUCAAAUUCCGUGGAUAAUGAUACAAACAAUAUAGAAUACACUGUAGAUAAUUCAGAUCCUCCAUAUACACCAAAUAGUGACAUGAGUAGUGACACAGACAAUUCAAAUAGUUCCAAGCAAUCAGAAUCAUCUGUGAAUAGUUCAAUCUCAGAGGAUAAUCAAGCAGAAGAUAGUCAAGCAGAUGAUAAUCAAGCAGAGGAUAAUCAAGUAUCCUAUGACAAACAGACAGAUGAAACUUCAGAUCCAGCAAACUUGAAUAAGUCAAGAGAACUUAAAUCCAUACUAGCUUUAUCUAAAGAAGCUAAUUUGAAAACUGAUUUACCACAUAAACGAAAAAAAGACUUGAAAAUUUUGUCACGAGGGAGUUUUGUGUAUUCUGCUCCGAAGAGGCCUAUAAGAGUGUCGUCAGAUAGUAAAAAAGAUACUAGUAUUAAAUUUCCUGUCACAGCUGAAACUGAGCUAGAAGAUGCUGAAGGACAUGAAUCUGAUGCAAAGUCUGAUAGUGAUAGUCAUAGUGUUGCAAAGAGACGUAGAGACACUUCUAAUGAAAGUAAAGAAAGAGCUUUAUCAGAGGAGAGCGAUAGAAGAGGUAAAAAAGGUCUAUGUGCUGAUUACAAAGUUUUUAAGCCCAAUAAAGAUUCUUUUUGUUGGCGAUGUCAUCGAGACGGUGUAAACAUCGAUUGUGAAACCUGCCCCAGGACUUUUCACCACAAAUGUCUUAAACAAUCUAUAACUGAUGAUGAGCAUUGGCCAUGUCCAGAGUGUGUGGGCAUAUUAAGAGCCGAUAGUAGUCAAACAAGAAUCAAGUCUAUGAAAGGGAUGCCUAUUUCGCAUCUAAGUAGCCUUCUCGAUUUUGCUUUAAAAAGAAUGAUACAAUGUCAAGGGUCGGAACCGUUUAUGAAUCCAGUAAACGAGAAUGAUUUUCCUGAAUACAAGAAAUAUAUCAUACAGCCUAUGGAUUUAUCAGUGUUAAAGGAGAAUAUUGAAAAUAACGUAUAUGGUAGUGUCCAGGCAUUUGAAGCUGAUGCCAAAUGGAUAUUGCAUAACAGCAUUAUAUUUAACUCUUAUCAAUCCAAAUUGACUUCAGCCGCAAAGAAUAUGCUUAGAAUUUGCAAACAGGAGAUGAUGGAAAUAGAAAACUGUCCGAGCUGCUAUUUGAAAGCGAACGUCAAUCCAGAUACGUGGUUCGUGGAAGUUUGUCCAAUUCCUCAUAUUCCUGUGUGGGCAAAACUCAAAGGAUUUCCUUAUUGGCCAGCCAAGGCAAUGUCAGUCAAUUCUUCCGGUUUGAUAGACGUUAGAUUUUUUGGAGCACACGACAGAGCUUGGGUUCAUUGGAGAGAAUGUUAUCUGUACUCGGAGAGAGAUCCUAAUACUUUUAAACAGAAGAGAUACGACAUCGAAAAAUGCGUAGAGGAGCUAGAUGUAUACGUAGAGAAUUUAAAGAAAAUCUACGGCGAAUUCAGAUAUGCUCCAUUCAGAACACCCGUAGAACCGUCACAUCUAACGAAACAAUUGCAAGUAUUCCUGCCCAAAUAUAAAUCCAUGUCCAGUAAGCGACCAGCCAAGUUAAAAGAACCAAUGGAGGUUAAAACAGAAGAAUCGCAGGAAACUCCAUCAGAAAAUUCCACAAGAGAAGACAACUCCACCAAAGGAGAAGAUAUGGAUACAACUAAUGAAGAUUGUGAUCCCGGCAACGAAAAACCGACGCAAGUUAACUUGGAAUCCGAGGAAAGUUCUACUAAAAAAAGCAUGGAUAGUGAAUCAAUCGAAGACGAAGAGGAUAUGGAUGAUACACAAGUACCUUCCAAUGUUUCAUUAGAAUCUUCUACACCCAAAGUAUAUACAAGAAUUAGAAGAAAAACAACUGAUACAAAAUCGAGUUCAUGUAAAUCGUGCGACAAUCAUUCUCCUACCGAAGAAACCACAACACCGAAAAGAUUGAAAAAACUCAAUGUUUACAGUGCAAAAAUCGACUCAAAGCAAUUAUCGAAUAAAUCAGAUAAAAUCCAUCGACUGGAUUGUUCAGAGGCUACAGAAAUUAGUUUAGAAGUACCAGAUAACAUCCACAUUGUGAACGGUGAAAACGUUGAUAUCAAGAAGAAACCAGUACAAGUUGAUAUCAACAACAAGGAGAUUUCUAUAUCUCCGAUUAAAUUAAAAAUUAUUUCCAGAAUGAAAGGACCUGAAAAGACUGAGGAAACUAUUAGUACCACGGAAGAAGAAGUAGUUGUAAUCGCUGGUAAUGAACCUAAUAAUCAAACAAAUAAAGAAAACGACAGUGAUAUGCCAGAAAGUAGCGCUAAAAGUGACCCAAAGGCGAAAGUGAUUCAACCUGCAAUUACAGAAUUUUUCGUUAAUAGAGUUUCAAAAUUCGAUGUUGGCAAAGAAAAGCCUGUACAUGAAACAAAUAAUGUACAUAAAAAACAUUCUGUUGGUGGUACAGAUGUAGCGCCUAAUGGGUUAGAUGCGAUGGACGUAGAUUCAUUGGAAGAUGUAACACGAGAAGAAACAAUGCCUGUAAAUGUAAAUAUAGAACAGAGCAAACCCACAGAAAAGGAGAGCAAUGUUGCAGUCUCCACAAACGUAGAAACAUGUGAAGUAAAAGAUGAAGAAGUUGAGAUAUCAGAAAAAACUAAAAAGUUUCCUCCUAUAGAAGAUAAAAAGGAGACUUCACCUGUUAAAACUGUCGAUACUUCAAACAGACCUAUUGUUGACGUACCAAAUAGAAGUAAAGGGGCGGAUGUUUUACCAGAAAGCAAUCGGCAGACUGAACAGCCUGUCAAAACUGUGGUAAAGAUCAAAACUGUCUUAAAAUCUACAACAGCUACUGAAGUACCAGAAAAACCAGCUGUCACUUCAGAACAAACCACUAAAAUCGCUGAUAAUGCUUCACAAUCAUUGACAAAUACCGAAGUUAUGGAAGAAACCAAUGCUGAAGACCGGUUAUUGGACCCAAAGAACAUCUUAGAAAAUCUCAAAGAAGUCAUACAUUCAGGACUUAGCUCAAUAAAAGAUGUAAAAAUCAACAUACAAAAUAAAAACGACACAAACGAACAAAAAGUCUCUUCAGAUGAACCAAAUAAAGAUAACAUUUCUAAAAAGAGAAAAUUAGUUAGUGAUGAGAUUUCCUACAAUCCAGCAAAAUUAGUCAAAUUAGUUCCUAUAGAAAGUAUUAUGAGUAAAACAAGUCACGAUCAAACCCCUCCUGAGAAAAACACCAAUGAUAUACGGCCAAGUUCAGAAACGAGUGUGAAUCACCUUGAAAUGGUUGUGGAGGAGAUAAAAAGUGAACCAGAAAGUGAGGAAGAAUAUACUGAGGAGAAUCAAAAUAUGGAAGAAAAGAUGAAGUAUCUGUCUGCCUUGAACAUACACGAAAAGACGGCGGAGAGGCAAAAGCAGGAGAAGAAUGAAAUUAGAACCAGGUCAAAAGCUGAGGAAAAAAGAGAAAGGUUUAAAGUAGUGGACAACUUGACUCGAAUAAUUGACGACGUGGCACUAAACUACAGCGCAAAACAUGGCGGCGAUAAAGGAGCACCUAAGAAACCAGAACGAAGAAAAAGUGGUAGUAGUUUUCCUACAGAAGGCGAAAUAACGGUAAAGUCAUUUGCCAGACUACCCACUACUCCCCCCUCUAUUAAACAGAGGGCCAGAAAAACAUUUCCCAUCCCCAUGUAUAUUCCGACUCAUCCCAAGAAUGCUAUCUUAAAAAAAGACGUUUCUUUAUUAAGAAGAGAACCCAAUUCCAACCCCAAUAGACUAAUAAGUGCAGGCCAGGAUAUGCCUGCAAAUCCGAUCGUUGUUAGUGAUCAUUCUAAAGUUUCUACCACCUCAACGUCUACCAAAACUACUGUUGCUGUGACUUCGGUUACGACAGUUACCACAUCCUCCGUCAAUUUGAUUUCGCAAGCUUCUACUGUCGCCCAAAGCUCGCCUUCAGUGAAUCUAAUAACACCUCCGGCGGUGAAUAUACUACAGACAAGCGGAGGAGAACUGACCACGACUAUUACAUCUCAAGCUUUGACUAUGGGACAUGUGAUUUUGAUGCCUAGCGUCACCGGGAUGAACUACUGCACUCCAGUUUUCAGUACGGUAGCACAGCCAGCUCCAUCUCUGGUACCUACUCCUAAUGUAUCACAAUCUACGCAAUCUACCAAAAAAGCUAUUACUACACCAAAUUUGAAGACAUCUCAAAACUAUAUUCCACCUGAUGAUGUUGAAAUCAUAGAUUUCGAACCUGCUGUCCCUGUCCAUGUUGUAAUGCCAAAUACUACAGUAUCUAAUCGUACACUCAAUCCAACUAUAUCGAUCCCUGAAUCGAUAUCUCCACCUUCGGUACCAAUAACAAGGCCCACAAUCACCGAAACAGUGUCUACUGCAAUAGCUGCAGGACCUUCAACAUCAACUUCUACGUCAGCUAGGACGCCUGGUUUACAAAAAGACGACGAACUGUCAAUUCUUCAUGGACUGUUGCCUGAGAGCAUGAGUCGAGUGGUGAACCAGAUCCUAUUAAAGCCACCUCCACGGUUAAAACCUAGACCUCCUGGAAUUCUCAACAGAAACUACGAUGAAGGCGUUCCCAGCUCAGCAGGAGAUGUUACUUCUAGAAUUAAUUCUAUAGCUUACAGGAUGACCGACUACUUCAGGGGAAUGUUAAUAGAAACACUCGAAGACUUUGGAAAAGCCGCGCAUCCAGAAGCAAAGAUCACCAGUUUGCAAUUAGAAAUGGAGGCUCUCAAGCAUCGGCACGAACAGGAAAUGACAGAAGUGAGAAACGCCAUGGCCAAUAUUCUUCAAAACGUCCAAAAGAGAGUCAUGGAAGAAAGGACAAUCAUUAUAGAUAAAACGAAGGCUGAGUGCGAAGCAGAAGCCAUACGUAGGGUAGAAGCGGCCAAACUGAAGCAAUGGUGCGCAAAUUGUCCGAAAGAAGCCCAAUUUUACUGUUGUUGGAACACUAGUUAUUGCGACUACCCCUGCCAGCAGAAACAUUGGCCCCAGCACGCCUCCAAGUGUACACAAGACGUAGAGAAGACGUCGGGAACAGCACCAGGUCCUCCGAAUAGGCCGACGGCUCCUCUUAUAUUACGACCUGCAUUGCCGCCGAAACAGGGAAUGGGGAGAAUGCCGGUACAAAAGCCAUCCAAGGUAUAUUUAAGGACUAAUGCUCCUCCAAAGGGAAUAAAGGGUAUAUCUGGACUAACUUUUGUGGAAACAACUCCCGGAAACUACGAAUUCAUCGGUAACAACUCAAUCAGUUUGUCUGGUAACAAAUUGUAUACAAACAACACAUCUAUAGCCAACUCCAAAUUCAAAGCAAUUCCAGCGUCAGUUAUAUCAUCAUCUUCGACUACAUCAACAGUGACUUCAGACUCUAGUAAACAACUGGCAUCUAGCAGUAGUAAACCGUAAUCGUUAAGGUAUAAGUAGAAUCGUUGCUUCGAACAGAACAUACAGUUUUGGUUUAUUAGGAAUAGGUUUUUACAUACUUUUAUGAUAAACUGUGUUUCUGAUUAUUUUUAUAAGCAAAUGAAACAAUGAACGUGAUACAAAUGAGUGUAAUAGACAUAGUAAACGAAUUGUGUAAAUUUGGUGUAUUUUUCUUUUGAAUGUUUACUAUUAUUAACUUCAGGGUGUCCCAAACAGUUUUACAUACAAAAAAAUAAGUACAGUUCAUAUCAAACCCUUCUUUCAGUGCGCCAUAGUUUGUCGAAUUCGUUCUAACGCAUUAAGCUCGAAGUGACAGUAGAAAACGUACGUCCAUGAUUAUUAUACAUAGAACUUCGAAAAUUAUGUAUUCUUUGAUGGGUAUUUCCAUAUUAAAGCGACUUAUACUUAUUAAUGUAUAAUUGGUUGACAAUUACAAUACUCCAAAUAGAUAACCAAUCCAUGAUGCGAAUAAAGAUAAUUUGACAAAAAAAAAAAACAAUCUAUCGUGACAGUACUUUCACAAUGUUAACGGGUAAACUGACAAUUGUAAUAAAUUGUAGGUUAGAAUUUUUCAACGACGUAAAUAUAAAUAUUUUAUGUCAUUGGUAUAUUCGGACAUUGUAUAGUUAAAUUCUACUCUAUAUUUAUUUUUUCCUUUAACAUUUUUAAAAUCUUACACGACGUCAAAAUUAAUGACGCACAGAAAGAAGGGUUUGGGAUAAACAGUAACUUAUUUGGAACACAUGUAAUUUUUACCCUUUAAAUACUCGCAUUGAUUUUACAUACAUAAGUGCUCGCAUCGCGCCUCACAGGCACCAACGUUUAGUAUUAUAACUACAGUCGGAAAAAUGAAAGAUAACGAUCACAUGAAUCACUUAGUUUGUAUUUUUGCUUUUUUUCUAUAGCAAGCGUUUGUUAUUUAUAGAAAAGACAGCAAAUACAAAAUAAGUGAUUGAUGUGAUCGUUCAUGGGUAAUCUUUCAUUUUUCCGACUGUAUGAAUGUUUAUAAUUUCAAUGUAUUAGUGAUUUAUUUUGCUUUUAUACAGUAAAAAUUGACCUCUUUGUACAAAAUAAAAUAUUUUAUUUUUCAAAAAACGUUACAACAAUAAACAAAAAUAAUAUAAGAAAAGAAACUAAUACCUAAUUAUUGUAACAUUCAGUAAAGAUAUUCUUUACAUGCUGAGGGUAGACAUGUUUCUGAAGUUUGAACAUAUUUGUUUGAAUUGCCGAUAUCUUGAUCUCGGACAAUGUAGCAUCUUUUUCUUUGACCGGUGGUCGGCAGUUCAUCUACUUCCGGCUUUAUCUCUAACGGUUCAUAAAUUAGUCUUCUAGGACCUAGUCUAGUCUAGAAGUCUUCUAGAGGUUGCGGACCAUUUUAAAAGAUUUUUAUGCUCUUUUACUAGCUCCUUUUCUAGCUGUUUUAAAAAAAAUCUUCUCUUCAUCCAGGGACUUUCAUUAUUAUGGCUAUGAAUGAUACAUCCAUUUAGAGCAAAUGUUGAUCAAGUGGAAAAAUAGAACUAUGGUUUUUUUCACGAGCAUUUUUCAGUGCGUCACAGUUUUUCGAUUUCUCUCUAAUGCAUUAAAUUGUAUGUGACAGAAAAAACGCACGUCGCUGAUUACAUUUCGUCGGUGACAUUUAUAACAUUUAAUCUAGUUGUCAAUAGAUGGCGCUAAUAAUAUAAUAUCAAAUAAUAUAUUAUUCUAUAUAAAAACAAUUUAAUCAAAGGUAAUACCACGAGUCCUCUAAAUUUUAUCGAUAAAUUUUUUUGUUUUCACGAAAACUUCUUUAUUUGGUAAAAUUACGAAAACAAACCGAAUGAUAAAAUCACGAGUCCGAAGGACGAGUGAUUUUAUCCAUUUCGGUUUGUUUGAGUGAUUUUACUCUAAAUAAAGAAGUUUAAGUAUGAAAACGAAAAAAUUUAUCAAGCAAAAUUUAGAGGACGAGUGGUAUUUGGAAAGAUUAUUUUGUGAACCAAUAUGUAUUAUUAGUAAAUACGGGCAUCUGUGAAAUAUUUUUAAGACAACUAGGAUCAAUGUCUUAAGUAGGUUAUAGAUAAAUUAUUUUAUGAUUUAAAAAUGAACUAAUUUAUUUAUUAUAUUGUUAAUACAUAAAAAAAUGUUUAAAUCGAAAAUGAACAAUUAUUAUUAAAAACACAAUUUUUAUAACUAAUAUGAGAUUUUCCAAUGUCGUUCGUAACGUAUUAUGUGAAAUUUAGGGUACCUUAAGUUUUAUCAGGGAAGAGACUGUUUUAUCAAGGAAGAGGCUGUUUUAUCAGUAUUACACUCAAUGAUUGGCUAGAACAACGCGUGGUGAUUGGCUGAAAAAGCAAAAACGUCAGAAUUUGACAGGUGAAAAAAAAUAAUCUGUACAAUUUAUAAGACUAUACAAAUCAAAGAAGAUACCAUUUUAUAAAUGCAAUAAACACAAUUGAUUUGUUUUUAUACCAAAUUGCAAAUAAUAUGUAACAACUGUCAGAUUUAACUAAAAUGUCAUGUUAGAAUAAUUGUCAUAAAUGUGUAUUUAUCAAGGACUAACCUUUUUUUCUAUCAUUUGUGACGCACUGAAAAAUGCUCAUGAAAAGAACCAUAUAUCCACUUUAUCCACCUUCAACUUGUCCGUUGUAUCCACUCGUCCCCGCCAGUUGUAUUAUAGAAUAGAAAUAUGCUUCAUUGUCACUGAAAAUUAUACAAUUUUAUGGACAACGCUUAACAUAGAGUAAAGAAAAUUAUAACAAAUACAAUUUUCUGAAAUUAGAUAAAUCGUCAAUAUCAAAAAAUACAAGUUAAUAAAGUAAGGCAAAAACAAAAACCAAUAUAUUGCAAAAUUAAUAUUAAUUGCAAAUUGAACAUAAUAAAAUACAAACAUAGGAACGAAUAAGUUUAAGCUGCUGCAUGUGACACCCAAAUAUACAGUCCGACUGCAGUCAUUUUUUUUCUUAAUUAACUUUCUAAAUGGGAAAUGAUUUUUUUCUUAAAUAGUUUUAAAAUUUGCGUUGUCCCAGUAUAGAAUGUGUCCCAUUUAUUAGGAUGGGGCUAUAAAAAUAUGGAUUGUUAAGUGGUUUUAUUACCAUAUUGGUACUUACAGGUAACAGUAACAUACUGUAAAACAUUUUGGGCACCUUAUAGGUUAUAAUUGAUGUGCCAAAAUGAUUUUUUUGUAUAUACAGAGUGGGCCAAAGAAAAGAGUCCACCCCGAUAUUUGGCUGUAUUUAUUAGAUUUUAAGGAAAUGACGAAACAGGUCGAUUUUUGAUCUAAGGGGGACACAUUUUUACGGUACAUACAUGUCAUUUGUCAACCCCCUCCCUUCUACUUCCCCUACCCCUUAUUUUUAAAUAGGAAAUAGGGGUCGUGUGCUAGGUCGUUUGAAAGAUCAUUUAAUUCUCUAUUCAGUAAUAUAAACAUUAACAUAAUUAAUUAUACAGUUAUAAUUAAUUAUAAUUAGUCUAAGUUAUACUUCUUUACGAUCGAGGGUGAAAUUUUAUACUUGCCUGGCGCAUGCGCAGACAGACAGUAUGUAGUUCAUUGCUUAUCUUUCAAAUUAUGUAUGUGUCAGCGCAAAUAAGUCAUUAAAAGAAUAUAUUAGUGUUUUUAGUAAAUGUAUUAUUUAUUAUAAUUUUUGUGUCUUUGGAUUUGUCUUCCUCGGGAAUAAAAUAUUUUAUAAUAAUAGUAAGUAUAAUAUUUACUUUAAAUUUUAAAGUAUUUUUAUAUCUCAUUUGGUCUAUGUCUAUUGAAUUUGUUAGUAUGUAUGAGAAAUCUUGUAAGCUGUCAAAGCAAAGGAGGUUUAGCUCGGUGGUAGCGCGUUCGAACGGAGAUCGAGAGGUCCCUGGCUCAAUUCCGUGUGUUAUCUAACUUUUUUUUUUAUUUUUAAUAUUGUUUUAGUAAAAAUUUUUGGAAAGUAGUAAGUAAAAAUUAGUUUUAAUCUUUAAAUACAAAUAACCUGUUGAAAGUAUAUUUAUUUCGUUGAAAUCAUAUAAUAGAAGUAUAACUUCUUACGUGCGUACAAAGUGCACACACAUUCUUUUUUUUUUUUUUUAUUAAAUUAAUUGACGCAAAAAGAAGAAUGCAUGUAAUUUAUUUAAUUUAAAAUACAUUCUACUGCUGUCACAAAACAGAAAUCAAUGUUUUUUGAUAAGUAAACAUUGCUUUUCGCUUAAUUUCAAUGUUCAAGCUGCCAAGAGACAGAUGGGUGGCAGCUUGAACAUUGAAAUUAAGCGAAAAGCAAUGUUUAUUUAUCAAAAAUCAUUGUUCUCUGUUUUGUGACAGCAGUAGAAUGUAUUUUGAAUUAAAUAAAUUACAUUCAUUCUUCUUUUUGUGUCAAUUAAUUUAAUUAAAAAAAUUUUUCUUGGACACCCUGUAUAAAUAAUUAUGUUAAUGUUUAUAUUACUGAAUAGAGAAGUGAAUAACCUUUUAAAUGAGCUAGCACACGACCCCUAUUCCCUAUUUAAAAAUAAGGAGUAGGGGAAAUGGAAAGGAGGGGGUUGACAUACGACAGAUGUACGUACCGUAAAAAUGUAUCAAAUCAAAAAUUGACCUGUUUCGUCAUUUCCUUAAAAUCUAAUUAAUACUGCCAAAUAUCGGGGUGGACUCUUUUCUUUGGCCCACUCUGUAUAUAAUUUUUUGGUUAUGUUGCAUACAUAUUUUAAAACAUUUUGUAAUGAAUAGCACUGUGUCCACCUUCGCAAUACCAAAGUUUCCAGGUAUUUUAACAUAAUGUGGUUUAUUUGGUAUUUUCUAUAUGUACCGGUAUAUUAGGCGUCACGCCCUGCCGGUAAGAAUAUAUGGAAUGGAGGCUAUCACCAAGCCUCAAGCUCUGUCACACUGCUACACCAUUUUGUUUUAUAUACAAAACAAGUAUCUGCUGUCUUCUGAUAUUUUUUCGUUAUACAUCGCUGCUUUUUGAUCAUUACUUGUAUGGACAUAGAGUAAUAUUCGCCUUAAUACAGAAAACGUAUGUUGUCCUAUUUCAGAUAUACAUAACUUUAUUCGUAUUGCUACUCUUUUUUUUUUUUUCAGAAACCGUAGGAGCUUUCAGUAUUGUAUUUUUAGUUGUGUUAUAGCCUGCUUUAUAUUAUAUCACUAUCUACUUUUUUCCAUUUUAAACCGGGUGUCUAUAUAUUUUAUAUUUCAUCUUGGACGUCUCAUCUUUGUCCGAUUUGUGCUUUAAUAUGGUACACCUGACUGUGGUUCCAUUCCUUUUCUUUAUAUUCUUUCUUCAAUAUUGUUCAUGUGUCAUUUGAGGCGAGUGUCCUGUUAGGAGGCAUACAGUGACUCUCAGAUCAUUCGUAUUCAUAUCUAGUAGAUAUUUGGACGUUUUCUUCAGAAGUUCAUCUAUUCGAAUAUUUAAGACUCAGUUGUUCGUACCAAUAGUUACGUUUCGUCGGUUCCACCGAGUGCAAUAUUGUUCUUUUGGCUUUGCUUCUCCCCUGGCAAGGAAGAACCUUCAUGAAUAUGGUUGAGGUAGUCUACAUCGCCUUUGUUAUGAUUAAGCAUACUUGGCGUUGAAGCUUAUUGAGCUUCUCUUUGGUGAUUUUUUGUUGGCAUUUAAACCACCAUAUUAGUGCGCCAUACGUAAAACCAUAAGUCUCAUUUUUAGUUCAAUUUUUGAGGAUGCAUUAAAUAAUUUUGAAAAACUAGAUAGUUUACUAUGUAUAUAAUUCUGCAACUGUAAAUUAUAUUCACAAUAUUUUUUUUGAAUCAAGUAAAUGUCACACAGAAUUGAUCUGAUAUUUUUUAUACACUUUUGAUUUCAUUGUAUGUAGUCUGUUGUUUGUAUAUAUUGAUAUAUUCAUAAAUUUUGAUCAGACUAAUCUUAGUGCGCAUGCGUGAGAAAACUGUAUAAAUUUAAUACACCUUAGUUUUUAAUAAGAAUUAACUGCUAUAUUAUGUAUAAGUAUCUUACUUAUGUAGUAAAGAUUUGUUUAUUA